AACGGACCGAAGCACGCUCUUCUCUGCGCAGAGUUGGAGGCCUUUGAUUUCCUCUCUCGUUCUCCAUCUCUAUCAGUCGCUUUUGGUCUCCGACGAAGAUUCAGAUCGACUACAAGCUCCUUCGGAAAUCCUAGUUGUUGCAUUAUCAGUUGCAGGGUUGAAGAAUUGUACGGAACAAUGUUUGGUUCUACUAGCCCUUUUGGGCAGUCAUCUAGUAGCCCAUUUGGGACGCAGUCCGUCUUUGGGCAGAACAGUGGUGCAAGUAAUAAUCCUUUUGCUCCCAAUCCUUUUGGCAAUGCGACCCCAUUUGGUUCACAAACAGGUAGUUCCAUUUUUGGGGGUACUUCAACUGGUGUGUUUGGGGCUACCCAAUCUUCUUCACCUUUCUCUUCAACAACGGCAUUUGGUGCUUCGUCUUCACCCUUUUCAACACCUGCUUUUGGAGCGUCUUCUACCCCGGCUUUCGGUAGUUCAUCGUCAUCCUUUGGUGGAUCUUCUGUUUUUGGUCAGAAGCCUGCUUUUGGUGGUUUUGGCUCUGCUACUCAAACAACUCCUUUUGGAAGCACAACCCAGCAGUCUCAGCCUGCAUUUGGCAGUAGUGUAUUUGGUUCUUCCUCACCUUUUGGUAUAUCAAGUCAGGCUGCUUUUGGUGCCACAAGCACCCCUGGAUUUGGUACCACGAGCAACCCUGCUUUUGGUGCAGCUAGCACUCCUGCCUUUGGUGCCACUGGCACUCCGGCAUUUGGCGCCACUAGCACUCCGGCAUUUGGCGCCACUAGCACUCCUGCCUUUGGUUCAACAUCAACUCCGGCAUUUGGUAGCACUGGUUCUGCAUUCGGUGUGUCAAAUUCUCAGAUGUUCGGAUCUGGGGGAGCAUUUGGUGCUUCGAGCUCUCCUGCAUUUGGUUCUGCGGGCACUCCUGCAUUUGGUGCUUCAGGCACCCCUGCUUUUGGGGCUUCGGGCACCCCUGCUUUUGGGGCUUCAAGUACCCCAUCCUUCAACUUUGGGUCCUCCCCUGCAGUUGGGCAAUCAGCUUCUGCAUUUGGUAGUAGCCCCUUUGGAAAUGCUACUGCUCCUUUUGGAGCUCAGAGUUCCCCUUUUGGAACCCAGGCUACAGCGUCAGCAUUUGGGAGUAGUACCUUUGGGCAGUCUGCCGGUGGAAUGCCGCGUGUGGGAAGCAGGGUAGCCCCUUAUACACCAACAACAGAUACAGAUAGUGCCAGUGGUACACAGCCUACUGGGAAGUUGGAGUCAAUAUCAGCCAUGCCUGUCUACAAAGAUAAAAGCCAUGAGGAAUUAAGAUGGGAAGACUAUCAAGUGGGAGAUAAAGGUGGACCGCCCCCUGCUGGUCAAUCUGCUGCUGGGGUUGGCUUUGGUGCUCCGGCUGCACAGUCCAGUCCUUUUGCUUCAUCAUCAACAUUUGGUCAAACAUCUGCAAAUCCAUUUUCUAGCUCGACUUCCUCCAACUUAUUUGCUUCAAACUCUUCUGGGUUUGGUGGUCAAGGUUUUGGAAGUUCUUCAACCCCUGCAGGUUCUUCACCUUUUGCUCCUGCUUCUUCUGCCAACCCCUUUUCAACCUCAUCUGUAUUUGGAACAACUUCAGCAUCUGCAUUUGGGUCUGGUUCAUCUCCUUCAGUUUUUGGAUCAUCAAGCUCAUCAACAUUUGGGUCGUCCCCUUCCAUCUUUGGUUCUACAUCUCAGACACCAUCCAUAUUUGGCUCUACAUCUCAGGCGACAACUCCAGGGUUCGGCUCCAGCAUUAAUUUCGGUAACACACAGACAUCUCCCCUAUUCCAGUCCACCGCACCUUCACUUGGACAGACGGGUUCUGCUUUUGGACAGAGUACCGCCCCUUCCUUUGGACAGAUUACCACCCCUUCCUUUGGUCAGCAGGGCGGAUUCAGUUCUAGUGGUUUUGGGGGAAGCUUUUUCUCAAGUGCUUCAUCAAUGAUUCCUUCAAGUAGUCCAAUGGGUUUUGGCCAAAUAACUCCUUCUAUUUCGACGCCUUUUCAACCAGCUCAGCCUCCACAGACUACUGGUGCUUUUGGCUUCAGCAACUUUGGUCAGACACAAGCAGCUAAUACAAGUGGCUUUGGUGGUACAUCGAACCUUUUUGGUCAGAGCAAUUUGGGACAGUUUUCUGCCACACAAGGCUCAACUGCCGGGCAACCGGCGCCCAUUACAAAUCCAUUUGGAACACUCCCUGCAGUGCCCCAAAUGUCAAUUGGUCAAGCUGGAGCUGCCCCUUCAGUUCGAUAUGGAAUUUCAUCCAUGCCUGUUGUUGAAAAGCCUGCUCCUGUGAGAAUAUCAUCCUUAUUGACUUCUCGACACCUUUCACAAAGGCGGAUUAGGUGGCCUGCAAGGAAAUAUCAGUCUAAGAAUGAUGGUCCACAGGUUCCAUUUUUCCAUGAUGAUGUAGAAACAGUCAGCACGCCAAAGGCAGAUGCUCUUUUAAUUCCCAGGGAAAAUCCAAGAGCUUUGGUUAUUCGCCCCAUAGACCAGUGGCCUUCAAGAUCUAAUGCGGAGAAACCAUCUCCCUUGAAGGAUAGGUCUACCCCAGUACAUGAAAAUGGUAAAGCAUCGGAAGAAGCCAAUAUUCCUGCUGAUGGAGACAACAAUCCAGUUGAAGAUGGCAUCAUGAAGGAGCAAGUUCAUCAUAAAGUCAACCAGAAACCUAAUGGAGUCCAUGAUGAUCAUUCUGUUCAGAAGGAGGAUGCAUAUAUGACACUCAGUGGCCACAGGGCUGGUGAGGCUGCAAUUGUGUAUGAACAUGGGGCUGAUAUCGAGGCAUUAAUGCCAAAGCUUCGACGUUCUGAUUACUACACAGAGCCUCGGAUCCAGGAAUUGGCUGCCAAGGAAAGGGCUGAACCGGGGUUUUGCAGGCAUGUGAAGGACUUUGUGGUUGGACGACAUGGAUAUGGCAGCAUCAAGUUCUUGGGUGAGACAGAUGUGAGACGACUUGAUCUUGAGGCCUUGAUUCAGUUUAAUAACCGUGAGGUGAUUGUAUAUAUGGAUGAAAGCAAGAAACCGCCUGUUGGGCAAGGUCUCAAUAAGUCUGCCGAGAUAACCCUUCUCAACAUAAAAUGCUUUGACAAAAAGACUGGACAGUAUACAGAAGGGCCAAAGAUUGAGAAAUACAAGGAGAUGCUUAGGAGGAAGGCUGAGGACCAAGGUGCAGAGUUUGUGUCCUAUGACGCCAAAAAGGGGGAGUGGAAGUUCAGGGUCAACCACUUCAGUACUUACAAACUCGAGGAUGACGAAGAUGACUGGUAUACUCAAACCACCUCAGUUUGCUGACAAGGGAUAGUUUUGAUUUCUUAAAUGCUAGUUGGUGUUGGAAGAAAAGAUGUGUGUGAUGCAUGCAUUCAAGGGUUUUGUUGUGGGGAUGGACAAGUUGUUUGUAUAGAAUUUCACCAAAUUGUGUCAUAUUACUUCCACACCUUUGAGUUAUCCAAACCCUCCUUUUGUGGUAGGUUUUAUAUUUUCUUUUGUGGGAUUUGCUUUUUCUUUUGCUCGGUUUCAUCUCCUCUGGUGUAUUUGAAGUUUGGAUUCAAGUUUGCAGUGGAUGAGUUGAAAGUACGUUGGACAAAAUAAUAUUCGAAAUUCAGUUUGUUCUAAGCCUUUGAAAUUA